UCACCUCUAUCCUCGAGAUCCUCGUUACAAGAAAGCAUAUCUUCAAAGUCUCAUCUUGCCAUCGCCUUUGAUCCUUCCACAUCCUUGGCUCCUGGCAUCGACUAUAGACCUGCUGCCGCAACUGAAAACGCACCUGAAACUCGCCAAAAAGUUUCCUCUCCAGUCAUUACCGCUUCAGAUGACGUCGACGGUAUCCUUUGUUCUACUUCCGAGCCAUCCCAGCUGCUACCGGUCGAUAACAAAUCGGAUGAUCUUUUUCCUCGUGCAUUACAUUAUAUCGCAUGGACAGUUGAAUUUGUGCAUUCAAAUGAUUCUCUUUGGUCGUGGGUACAGUCGCAUGGGGGUUGGGUGAGUUUUAUCCACCUCUUGACUUUUUUCCCCAUUGUCUAA